AGAUUCAUGCAAGUAUAAAGGAUGAUAACAACAACCACCAUAUUUCCACUACUACUUUACAUUACUUAUUCCUUAACUCAUUCUGCAGCCCUGAAAUCAAGAGUGAAAGCGGCCCGAAUGACAGCCAUACUGGACGACAUGAUCAACAAGGAGACGUAUGACAAAAGACUUCGGCCAAAUUACAAUGGAAAGGCCGUUGAAAUUAAGAUUGGUUUCUGGACGACAUCAAUUGAUCCGAUUGAUGUCAUGAAUAUGGACUACACAAUAGACUUAUUUAUUCGUCAAGAAUGGGUUGACCCACGAUUGAAUCAUCAUCUCAAUGAAACCAUCCAACUCAGCCAUGGAAUCGUCAACAACAUCUGGACCCCUGAUACAUACUUUGUGAACGCCAAAACCAGCAGAGUACAUCGUGUCACGAAUCUUAAUGUGAUGGUUAUGUUGGCUCCAAAUGGUCUGAUCAAGUACAACACAAGGGUUACAGUUAAAGCUGCCUGUAAUUUGGAUCUGCGGCUCUUCCCGAUCGACAAACAAACAUGUCCACUCAUCCUUGAAAGUUAUGGUUACCAUAUGGGUCAUAUAAUUUAUCGCUGGGAGACGAACUCAUCCAACGGCAUAAGCUUUGUUCCCAAACAUGUUAGACUAAUGCCUCAGUACCAGAUAGUGGAUGUUCGACUGUUGGCAGAAAUUCAUCAAUACGUUGUUGGUAAUUUCUCUGCUUUACGUGCCAACUUUUCCUUCGUCCGUUACUACAGCUACUUUCUUUCCCAUAUUUAUGGAACCAGCUCCGUCAUAGUGGUUAUAUCUUGGAUGGCAUUUUUCCUACCGCGUGACCAGACAGCUGCACGUGUAGGUGUCGGUGUGACGUCAUUAUUGACGGAGGUCACGGUCAUCGAUAUGCUGAACAGUGCAAUGCCCAAGGUGAGUUACGUCAAAUCCAUCGACAAGUUUUUAAUGACCUGCUUAUUCUACGUGUUUCUAUCACUGGCCGAAUACUGUAUAGUACUCGUCCUAGACAGGAGAUAUAAAAAGUUGCUCAAGAGAAAGAAAAAAGAAAAGGAGCAAGAGCAACUCCAGGAAAAAAUACAAGAAAAACUUCGAAGAAAAAAUUGGUGGGUCAAAAGCGCUUGUCCUUCCGCUACCUUGGAAACGAAAAACCAUGCACACGUCGUACAUAGCACUAGAGGUGAUGACCAUCAUCCCAUAAAGCCUUCUAAAAAAACUUCUAAACAAGAGUUGUUGGACUGGCUCUCUUCGGAAAGGUUUAUAGAAUUUAUAGACACAGCAGCAUUGGUUGUAUUUCCUUUUUCUUUUGCAAUGUUUCAGAUUUGCUAUUGGCUUUCUGGUAUCCAAGAAAGUAGUGAUUUUUGAGAGUUUUCUAAGAUUAGCCCCAUUGAUAUAUUUAGAGAGAAAAUACACACACCCACACAAACGAGAUAAUUAACAAAAACAAAUAGAGGCUUUUGAAGAAGCACUUGUUUAUAUGUUGUUCCUCGCAAUUCGAAAUAACGCCUACUAUGUGAAAACUAACUUGCAAUGAUUUCUUUAAGAGCAAUGGGUAAAACGAUGACGCAUUCAAAAUCUAAUUUAUUUUUACUCCUAAUGUUACUACUAAUGUUACUCCUAAUGUUACUACUAUGUGAAAACUAACUUGCAAUGAUUUCUUUAAGAGCAAUGGGUAAAACGAUGACGCAUUCAAAAUCUAAUUUAUUUUUACUCCUAAUGUUUUGUGUAUUAAAUGUUACUCCUCAUACGUCACAGUCGUUAGAAUAUAGCAUGCAAGAACCAUUAUAACUUCAAGAAGCCGCAAUCAAAGUAUGAAUUGUUUUCGGAUUAUUCAACAGCUUAUCCCACGUAGAAUCAAUACUGUGAAUAUUGUCAGGAAGGUGUUAAGGAUUUUAAAGAAAACCGCGCUAAAAAAGCAAGCGAGACGCUUUCUUUAGUUUUCAUUGACCAAGUGUAACAGGCAUUAGCUCUAGUGCUGCGUAUUUCGUUGUCAUAGCGACUAAAAUAUUAAUACAUUUUCUA